AUAGUCGAGUUUACACUUAAAAACCGAAUCACUGUCAAUUUCGUUCUCUUUCCUCCAAUUUCCGCAACUAAUAUCCCACAUCCCUGAAAUUCACCCCACAAUUUCCCAUAAAACCCAGCCAUAAAGUCUUUUUAUGUCAUUAAAAAACACAGUGUGCGUGGCGAACCUGCCAGCCAUUUCCGGCACUGUGCUUUGUCGUGGAUGACGUUUGCUUAAUCUUAACGAAGGUGUGUUCCCCUGAGCGUUGUUGAAAGUCCACCUCAGAAUUUGCAACGAAAUUUUCACCGAGUUGCCUUUUUCCCAUUGUAAAACUAAUACUCAAGGAAGGUGUUUGUAGGUUAUAAAAAUUUCCAGACAUCGGUGUCCGUCGCACCUCGACGCACAGUUUUAAAGGUUUCGUCGAACGCCUUCACCAGAGUCAUGGGUUUGACCAUCAGCAGUGUAUUGACACGUCUCUUCGGCAAAAAGCAAAUGAGAAUCCUUAUGGUUGGUCUCGACGCUGCCGGUAAAACGACGAUACUUUACAAAUUAAAACUGGGCGAAAUUGUCACCACGAUUCCAACAAUUGGUUUCAACGUCGAAACUGUCGAGUACAAGAACAUCUGCUUCACGGUGUGGGACGUCGGUGGCCAGGAUAAGAUUAGACCACUCUGGAGGCAUUAUUUCCAGAAUACACAGGGUCUCAUCUAUGUGGUGGACAGCAACGAUCGGGAACGUAUAAGUGAAGCAGAGCGAGAACUGGCCAAUAUGCUGAAAGAAGACGAAUUAAGAGAUGCUGUUCUUUUGGUAUUUGCCAACAAGCAGGACUUGCCAAAUGCGAUGUCCGCUGCAGAGUUAACGGACAAACUCGGUUUGAAUUCACUUCGAGGACGUCACUGGUACAUUCAGAGCACAUGUGCAACCCAAGGUCACGGUCUAUACGAAGGACUCGAUUGGCUCAGUAAUGAGCUGGCUAAAAAGUGAUAUUGUUCCCUCAAUUCGUCGAAUGGAUUUUCUUCAAGUCCUGGAAUUAUGAGGAAGAAUUCUAUCUUCCACGAAAUGAUGUUCACAGCCAGAGCUUGAAAAUCGUCGACGCUGUUUUUUGCAACUCGAGAAAAGACGUUUUGUUUCAAAUCGAGCAGAUCCAUUAGCCUUUGCUAAAUGACUCAAUGUGAUCUUAGCAUUUAAGAAACGAGAUAUACUAAAACUCCCAUCAAUUGGGAAUUAAUAAUCUACUGUUAAGAUUCGCAUUGUUUCUGCUGAUCCGAGUUCUGAGAAACCUACCCGUGUCUCUUUCGUUUUGUACAGUACUUGUACAUACAUUCGUACCACGAUCGAGAAAUCACGUGCGGCUUCUUUUUCUUAUUCAUCUUAUCUAAAAAUCUGUAGGACUUUCUCGUUCGUAUCGUUGCGAGCAAGUUCUAAAGUUCCUAGGUAAUUUCACAGUCGCAUUUUUCAGAGGAACAUAUUACAAAAUGGUUCUGCGCUUUUACUAUAAAAUUUGUACGUCGAUACUAAUUUCUUAAGGAAUUUAGCCAGUUUAUUUGACAUGGAUAUUGAUUGAGGCAUAGCUCGUGGUGGCCAAAAUCAUUAUUUCAGAUUUAGCAUGUACGAGGUGAAUAUUUAAAUAUAACAUUAUCUAAGGUGUGUAUCUCUAGCAGGUUCACUUUCAUUUCUAAUAAGGUACUAGUUUGUAAGCCAAAUGAGAGUAAUAAACUACGAAAUAGUUCGAUCGAUUAUAUUUUA